UACUUAAAUGGUAGUGUGGCCUGAAGCAGCGCUGUGAACAGACGCCCGCGCGAAAUAAAAUUAUCGACAGUCCAGUGUCGGAGCCGGUGAAAAAAAAAAUGGAAUUAAAUUUUUUAACACUUAUAAAACAUGAUGUGAACCACAAUGUGAAACAGUGCUUUAAAUCCAAAAAGAAUUUCAUUAGCAGAAAAGAAGAAGUAAUGGCGAUUAAAAGUAAAUUUCCGACAAAAGUACCGUUAAUCGUUGAAAGAUAUCACAAAGAGCGCAGUUUGCCAACGUUGGACAAAACCAAAUUUUUAGUUCCCGAAGAUAUAACAAUGUCACAAUUCCUAGUAAUUAUACGCAAUAGGAUCAAAAUUAAGCCUAAUCAGGCGCUUUACCUCAUAAUCAACAACCGAUCCAUGCUGAGCAUGAGUCUUACAAUGGCACAGGCGUAUGAGGCAUACAGCGACGAAGACGGUUUUCUCUACAUUACGUACGCUUCCCAAGAAGUUUUUGGAUAUCAGGAUGAUAUGACGGGGUCAAACAAAGAGGUUCAAGUCAUUAGAGACAGAUUUCCAAACAAGAUUCCGUUAUACGUGGAAAGAUACUCGAGAGAGAAAGAAGUACCAGUGCUCGGAAGAAACAAAUUCUUAGUGCCACAAGAGCUCACGAUGUCCCAGUUCCUAUACAUCAUCAGGACAAAAAUGAAAUUGAGAGACUCCCAGGCGCUGUAUCUAUUAGUCAACGAUAAAGUACUGGUUAGCCACAGUAUGACCAUGGCACAGGCUUAUGAACAGUUCCGCAGACCAGACGGCCUACUGCACAUCACCUAUGCAGCGCAACAAGUCUUUGGCUGAAAGCUAUUGUAGAUGUUCACGGGCGCCAAGUCAAUCAACUAAAUAUGAUAUGAAGACUGAUAGUAUUUUACGAUUUUACAAUUGUGAUUUUAAUAUAAGUUUUUAAUUAUAACCAUGCUCUAACAUCUGUAAUGGCAGGUCCGUUUAGGUAAGACCUAAUUAACAAAGAUUGUAAAAUAAAUACUAUUUUUGUUAAAUGGGAUCAGAUGAUUUUUAUCUAAAUAUCAAUAAAUAUAUAUGAUCUCAAAGAACGAUCUUCCAGUUAUUAAAUGACAUAAAAAAUUAUAUGAAUUUGAUUUAAUUUAAAAUCGUGCCAUUGAUGUAUAAGUGGCCGAGAAAUAAAGAUGUAAUAAUGUAAGACAUUUUAUUAUUUUGUCCUAAAUAAAUAAUUGAUAAAACA